AUGGAUGAUGAUGAGGACAUCGUAGUAAAGAAGAAACGAGCCCAAAAUGUCAAGAAGCGAGUGGAAUCCGACGAUGAGGACGAUCAGAAUGAUGAAAUUGACAUGGAAUUCGACGUAGUGGUUUGCAAUGAAGUACCGAACACUGAAGUUUUUCGUAUCCACUUUCCCAUACGGAAAAAGGAUGCUUUCAAUCAGGAAAGACAACCGCGUGCACGUUACAAAAAGAAUGUACGAGUGAUGGAAAUGCGCUUAUCAGCGGACAUUUCAAGUGGUUCAUUCGACAAAGCAAAAGCUGAACGAUUUGCUGCGUUGACCCAACCUGAGGUGAAACAGGAGAACUGCGUACCACAGCUUAAAUUUGAUGAGAUCUACGAAGGUCGGGCAUAUCGUAGGGAUGAUUAUGUUGAAUUUGCCGUGGGAUACUUCCGUGGUGACACAUUUUUUCUAAACCCUAUUGCGGGAACAUUUGAGAUGCAUCGUUCCCUUGCUCAUCUUAACAACGCCUCCAAAGGUCGUGACGAUGACGGCGAAGACGGUGAAUCAGAUAGCGAAGCGGCUGGUGGAAGUGCACAACAGAUUCGCGUGAAAUUCUCGCGCCCAGAAACAGAGAGACAGAAGAAACGUCGUGAAGCCAGUGCUCUUCAUAGGGAGAAAUUGAUUGCGAGUGAUUCUUGGAUUCCAAUGGAAGUACACCUCAAAGAUGAUCCUCUAGUAAUGGAAAAGUUCUCGCAGAUGACUGUCUGCCCUACGGAUGAACCAGGAUCUUCAAGCGAAUUAAAUACUCGAGAUCUCGUUGAACAUGGAAUUGUUUGUGGAGAAAAGGAACAAAUCGAUCUCACCCGUAGUGAUUUAUUGGUCUCACAGCAACGCAUUCGUGAAAUGCCCAUACAUCAACAAGUUCGAGCGCAAGUUUUUAAGUCUCGAGUAAUAACCACCGAUGAUGUAGUGAAAAGAGUAGAUCCGUCACUUACUCGUGAAGAGAUUAUCGAGCAUUUGAAGCAAUGCGCAAGACUAGUUCAAGGUGUUUGGGUUUUACAGUCGGAUUUCUUAUUUCACGAUCUCACCGGUGCACAUUCGACUGCACCGGGAAAACUCGACGAAUGCCGUGCGAGCAUGUGGCGGGAUGCCCGUGAUCUUGCUCUCUGUCUUAUUGAUGCGUGCCAACCAGUUACACGUGCACUUCUCAUCAAAUGCUUUCAAAUCAAUACGAGGGAUGCCGAGGAAAUACUUUCCACUUUCGCAGUGCCUGGUAAUAAAACCUGGAAACUUCGGAUUCUACCUGAUCCCGUCUUUCUUGAAAGCCCUGAGAACCUGACUCUCAUCUUAGAACAGCGUCGUACCCAGCUAGGACACGGAGGAAUAGCUCUCGUGGAAGUCCGACGAAGAGCCCGAGUCGGACAAGAAGGAAUAGCAAUCGUGGGAGUCCUACAAAGCAGACGUCUCAGUGAUAAUGCGGUAGUUCUUUCUCUGGUUAGGGAUUCAAUUGUUGGGAGAAAAGUACGUGUGUUGCGGUCGUGUCGCGGUCGCCGUAGCAAACAUAAACACCAGUGA